GUGAAAGAAAAGCAGUCUGUCAGUACACUAUGCAGAUCACAGCUCCCACUCUCACUCUCAAAAGUACACAGCAAAAGCACAGCCCCCGCUCGUACUUGCUAAACCAAAAUUCAAAAUCCCCAAAACCAGUUUCCUCUGCACCUCAGAGGCCAUGAUUUUCCGUAAGCUUUCUUGUGCUUGAAAAUUCAAAGCCAAGCAAUUGCCUUUUGGGUUUUGUAAAUCAGUGCAAUGAGAAAUUCCCAUCUCUUCCUCACUCUCCUAACACUCACAGUCACUUACUCCCUCCGAUUCCAAGUUCAUGCUGCUCCUGCAGGGCCAUUGAUAAAGCACUUGUCUUCUCUUCUCAAGUGGACUGGGGAAAUAUCCUCCAAAACACCCCAAUCAGAAAAGAAUGUUCUUCAAUUUGAGAAUGGGUACUUAGUUGAGACUGUUGUGGAAGGAAAUGACAUUGGUGUUAUUCCUCACAAAAUCCGCAUCUCAGAGGAUGGGGAGCUCUUUGCUGUGGACUCCGUUAAUAGCAACAUUAUGCGCAUUGCUUCACCCUUGUCCCAAUAUAGUAGGGGAAGAUUGGUUGCUGGGUCAUUUCAGGGUUAUGCUGGACAUGUUGAUGGGAAGCCAAGUGAUGCUCGUUUCAAUCAUCCCAAAGGUGUAACCAUUGAUGAUAAGGGGAAUGUGUGUGCUGAUACCUUGAAUCACGCCAUACGAAAGAUUGGAGAUGCUGGAGUAACAACCAUUGCAGGUGGGAAAUCAAAUGUUGCAGGCUAUAGAGAUGGGCCCAGUGAGGAUGCCAUGUUCUCAAAUGAUUUCGAUAUCGUAUAUGUUCAGCCUACUUGUUCGUUGCUAGUUGUUGAUAGAGGAAAUGCUGCUCUCCGGCAGAUCUCUCUCAAUCAGGAGGAUUGUGAUUAUCAGUACAGUUCAAUUUCUGCCACAGAUAUCCUUAUGGUUGUUGGUGCUGUCUUGGUAGGGUAUACUACAUGCAUACUGCAGCAGGGAUAUGGACCUUCUUUCUUAUUGAGAACGCAGCCACUUUCAAAGAGUGAAAUGAAAGAACAUCCAAGCAAUGGGAAAUCCACGCUACUUGUGAAAAGCAUGAAAGAGGAACCGGGAUGGCCAUCUUUUGGACAGCUUGUCAGUGAUCUAUCAAAGCUUGGACUUGCAGCAUUGGCUGGCAUAUUCGUUCACUUCCUUCCGUCGCGUUUUAUGCCUGGUGGCUCCCAGAAAGGCCUAACACCAUUAAAAGAUUCUCUUAGGAUGCCUGAAGAUGAAGCCGAGGCUCCAGUAGUUCAGAGACAAAGUGCUCCUGCUCCUCUGUCUGAAACUCGACAGGCCUAUACCCCCAAUGCAAGUGAGAAGUAUUCAGAUAUGAAGCCAGCAAAAAUGAAGUCAACUAGUUUCAAAGAUCCCUCUUUGUCAAGCAAGCACCGGUCUUCAAAACGACAGAACUCUGCAGAAUUCUAUGGAUCCGGUGAGGUUUCUUCUCAUAGCAGGUCUAAGAGCCAGAAAGAAAGAACAAGGCAUCGCCAGCGAGAGAAGAGUGGAGAGGUAGUUUAUGGCACAGUUGGGGCAGAACCCAAACCAGUGGACAUGAAGACAGCGGGUUAUGACAAUCCGAAGUUUGAAAAUUACAAUAUGAGGAGCAGGUAUGGGGCUGAUAGUUCAUACCGCUUUUGAUCAAACUGUGACGCCAUGACCACCCUUUGCCACGCUGCAAAUUUCAGCUAGUUUUUGCCUGAUUUUGAAUGUGUAUCCCAUGAGUCUGCAAGUUUGUUACUAAAGAUUUGUUUUGAAGAGGAAAAAAAAAAUACAGAUGGCUGACGAUUCAAGUAUUAUCUAACAUAGGACUGUUUAGUCCAGGCACCAUACACUGCUGUCAUUUUGUAAGGAAGUUAAUGAGAAACUGAGAAAUGCAGAAGUGGAUUUGCAUAUUUUCUUGUU